UUCCAUUGAAAUAAAAAAAAUUGUUCAAGUCCGAAUCAAUCGAGAAAAUUUGACAUGCCUGACUAUUACAAGGUUUUAAAAGUUCAGAAAAACGCCACGAGCGAGGAAAUAAAGAAGGCCUAUCGACAGUUGGCGUUAAAAUGGCACCCCGACAAGAACCCCGACAACAAGGAGGAGGCCACCAAAAAGUUCAGGGAAAUCUCGGAGGCUUACGAAAUACUAUCGGAUAGCAAGAAGCGAAAGAGCUACGACAAAUACGGCACGGCGAAGCCGAUGACGGGCCAGACGAGGCAAUCGGGCCACGACGAUUUCUUCGAUUUCGGCGGAGCGUUUCAGUUUCAUUUCAGAGAUCCUGAGGAGGUGUUCAGGGAGUUUUUUGGAAACAGCAUCUUCGAUUUUCUUAGCGACGAUUUUACCAUGAGCAAUCACGGGCACGGCAGAGACAGAUGCAGGAGAGGUAGUGGCCACGGAGGUCACGCGGGCCACCAAGUUUCCAUUUUCGGUCCCUGGGGGGGUGGUGGUUUCUUCAAAGGCAUCUUAGCGACACCCAGAAAUUCCACGCAAACAUCUUAUUGUGUCCAUUCGAACGUUCCGACGAGCUCUUACAUAAAGCAAGUGUCGACGUCGACGAAGGUGAUCAACGGGAGGAAGAUAACGACGAAGAGGAUCUACGAGAACGGCAAGGAGACCGUCGAGAGCUACGAAAACGACGUGCUGACAUCGAAAAUCGUCAACGGCGUGCCGCAGUCGAUCCAAUACAAAUGAAAAAUGGACGCGUUCGUUGUCCCAACUUGUCUGUUUUUUUUUUGUCAAAAACCAUAAAGAUAAACUGACUUUUAAAGCAGA